UUCAGGCUCCAAGGGUCAGCUUCCUCACAUUGCGGUUGCGCCCAUCUCUCGUGCGCAGCAGCAGCGAGGGAAGCCAUGGUCAGGAAGCUCGCGCUGGCCUCCCUCUUCUUCUUCAACGCCAGCAGCGAGGGAAGCCAGCGCCUUUCCUCCACGUCGUCCACGUCCGCCGCCUCCUUCAGCUCGGCGGUGUCGUGGCAGUGGCCGUCUUGCACGCAGGCGAGGACGCGCUCCUUCCGCGGCGACACCAGCCCGGAGAUCGUGUCCAUGCGCCACGACACCAGCAGCAGCAAGCGAGAGGAGCAGGAGGAGGGGCCGUACAAUUACAACAACAACUACAAGACGAGCAUGAACCCGGCCUACGUCCACGACGACUACUCGGCCGCCGACGCUGAUUGCUACUCAGCCGCGACCCAGAGCCUUACCCUUUCCAACGAGGACGAGGCGAUCAUCCACGGCCUCCGCUCCUCCACUACCCGGCGGAUCCUGUUCGAGCCCGAGUCCACGAGCUCCAUCAUGAAGAAGACGAAAAAGAAGGCGGCGGCGUUCGACGGUGCCACGGCGCUGUCCAUCGAGUCCGCUGACCCGUACGGCGACUUCCGGCGGUCCAUGGAGGAGAUGGUUCUGAGCCACGGCGCCGACGACUGGGUCUGGCUGGAGAAGAUGCUCGGGUGGUACCUGAGGGCCAACGGCGAGAAGACGCACGGCCUCAUCGUCGGCGCCUUCGUGGACCUGCUCGUGGCGCUCGCCUCCUCCUCUGGUCCCAGUCCCGCCGUCUGCUCCUCCAGCUUCAAGUUGAAGCAGAGCCGCCGUCAUCUUCAGCUGUCUGUCAGGACGGGCGAACACCACUGAACGCAGACAGAGCAGGCGAAUGCAUGUGUGCGACUGAUUUCAUUUUGUGUGUAAACUUCAAAAGAGGUGUAGGUUGCACUCGUGGCCAUCCCUGUC